AUGGCAGCAAACAGCUUUGCUACUGCCUUCCGCUCGUUCUGGCAUACUAUGACCUCUAAUGACCGACACGCCAGCCAUGACUCUCCCUAUCGGACAGGCUCACAUAUGCCCGUGAGCCAGAGUCGGCACGCUCCCCUGACGUCAAUUGCCACUGCUGCCACCGAUUCCCAGCACGACCUGACCGAUCAUGGUGACGCGAAACGCCCAUCCAUUUCUUCCACACAAAUUGCAAUGCCCUCUCCAAACAGACCUUAUUCCCCCGGUAUGCGCUCAGUAUCUUCGCCGAAAGUUCCUCAGACCGAAGAAACCCCUGUGUCCCCAGGUGAAAUUCAAAUGCAGAGCUUCGCCGACGGCGCUCCGCCGCCGCCUCCACCCUCACAUUCCUGGAAGAAGAUAGAUCGGUGGGCCGAGAAGAAUUACGAGGAGCUUUUCGAUAAUCUUUGCGAAGGCUGCACCCAGAACGAUAUCAAUGAGCUCGAGCACGAGUUGGACAUGACACUUCCUCAAGAUGUCAGGGAAUCCCUUGGUAUUCACGAUGGGCAGGAGCGUGGUGGUCGACCCAGUGGGAUCAUUUUUGGGUGCAUGCUUCUUGACUGCGAGGAAAUUGUCCAGGAAUGGAACAACUGGAAAACCGUCAACGAAGAAUAUCUCUCCGGUGCCAAAAAGCCUGUUCCUCAUUAUCCUCUCAAGAGCCUGAACACCGCUGCUUCGUCAUCAAGUUCGUCGUCAACUCCGCCUGGCAAUAAGCUCUGGAGGCAAGAUUUGAUCGACAGGCAAGACUCACAGCCACCCAAAGCAAUUCAGAAAGCAUAUGCACACCCUAGCUGGAUCCCUUUAGCACGCGAUUGGGGCGGCAACAACAUCGCCGUCGACCUUGCGCCAGGACCGCUGGGCAAAUGGGGUCAGAUCAUCCUCUUCGGCCGCGAUUACGACACCAAGUACGUUAUUGCGCGAUCGUGGUCUCAUUUCCUGGCGAUCGUCGCGGACGAUAUGUCCAGCGAUCGGGUCUUCGUAGACGAGGACAGCGGAGAGAUGAAGCUGAGAGAGUUCAAAACCGAAACCGUGGAGCCGCCUUACAUGGACAUUCUGCGAUGGCGGUGCGAUCAGAAGUACGGUCGGAAGGCCAAUAAUCGAAACAGCCGGGCAUACGGACUCAACACCAAUGUCAAGCCUGUUAAUAGCAGAGGCUCACCGUACGGCAGCCCCGUCCCCGGCGAAAAUGAUGACCGCGGGAGAUCACCUCAACGAUUCUCCCGUGCGGGUACUGGUAGCCCCAGACCCACGGUUGGAAGCCCUCUUGCGCGCGUUCAGGAGGAAUCUUCUCAGCCUCUUUCCGUAAGGACUGGUGGUGAUGUUGUCAGGGACUUUGCUGUUCCAGAGUCUGACUCUUCGCAGAGUAAUAGUACGGCAAACCAGAAGCCUGAGAAGCUUGUCGAUGCCCCAACACCUUCACCCCUCGACACAUCGCAGCAGAUGACAAUGCCUCCCAAGAAGGAGAAGCUGGUUGAUGUCCCUACCCCCACAACCGCGAAAAGCGAAGGCAAGAGGGACUUUCCAUCCUCAAAACUGAGCCGAGUCUCAACUGAGGACGAUAACAAGGAGAACAAUAAAAGUCCAGUUACUGAUAAGGUCGGAGACGUCAAGGGCCUAGGGGUCGAUACGGUCGAGGACGAGAUGAAGAACGUCGCCAUUUGA